UUGCCUGAAGAAGAGAGGAUGUUUGUUCUACAGUAAUGGAUGUCAAGGUGUUUCUUACGGCAAUAGGAAGUUCACAUUUCAAGACCUCUGUAAAAGUACAUCCAGAUUAUAGAAAGAACAGCUGCACUGUUGCAGCUGGCACAGUGUGUAGGUGCAACAAAGCUGGGGGAUGGACGGUGUGGCAAGGUCCAAGCACAGGAAGGAUGCCUGCAAAUUCAGCAGAUAUUCCAAUGGACAGUGUCAAGUCUGAAAUUUAAUCAUAUGCGGCAGAUUUCUGAGGAAGCUGACUUGGCGUGCCUCUAUAUCUCUUUCUCAGGAGGCGGAUGUACUUUUGGGGUUUCUGCCUGAGAUGAUCAUGAAUCAAGGAGAUUGUUCCAUCUUAGCAAACUAUCAUCAGCCAAGCUACCAUUCAAAGGAAGCAUGGGAAGUUUUCUGUUGCCAAUUGUUCAUCCAUCACACUGAAUCUAAUGUCACUUGCUUCUUACAACUUAGUGCAAUAUGGAAGCUAAGUCAUUGGCCUUGUUUGCACUGAACUAAGCUAUAAACCAUGCUUUACAAAUCAGAACUGGGUUUUUACAGCAUAAUUCUGUACAUAAAAGGGCUGAACAUGUCACUCCGUUUUGGACAACAUCUUAUCAAGCCUUCUCUUGUGUUUCUGAAGACAGAGCUUUCUUUUGCACUUGUGAACAGGAAACCUGUGGUCCCAGGCCAUGUUCUCAUUUGUCCUCUACGCCCUGUGGAGCGUUUCCGGGACUUGUAUCCUGAAGAAGUGGCUGAUUUAUUUCGCACAACACAAGCAGUUGGCAAUGUCGUGGAGCAACAUUUUGGAGGAACAUCGCUCACCAUUUCAGUUCAGGAUGGUCCUGAAGCUGGACAGACUGUGAAGCACGUUCAUGUCCAUAUACUUCCAAGAAAGCCAGGGGAUUUUGACAGAAAUGACAACAUCUACGAUGAGCUUCAGUGUCAUGACAAAGAGGUCGAGGAUUCCCCCAGCAAAUGGAGAUCUGACGAAGAAAUGGCAAUUGAAGCUGCAAUCCUCAAGAAAUAUUUUCAGUGAAAGAAGAGGAGCAACACAAUCUUUUCAAUUAGUUCUGAAGCAGGAGAAGUGGAGAAGAGCCCGGCUUUUGUUCCCUGGCUAACCUAGAAUUGAAAUGAUGGAAGAUGACAACAUAUUCAAUAAAGAUAUUGCAUAAAA